UCAGCCAAAUGUAUCCCACCUUCUGGAUCUACCGAAAAACUCUCUCACUUCCUCAUGGUAUUCUAAGUGGAUCGAACUUCCUCCAGGUUUAGCGGCUUCGGCGGAUCAAGUAAUGGCCGAGAUUUCAUUUAUUUGCAAACGAACCGUGGUUAGCACCAAGCCGGUGCAACCCGGAAAGUCCUACUCCCUAUCAGUUCUUGACCGCUCGAUGGAAACCAGUCAUCUCCGAAUUGUCUGCUACUUUCAAUCUCUACAACACAGGGAGCGUGGAGAACUCACAAAGACGCUAAGGGAAUCUAUCUCUGUAAUGCUUUCAUGUUUUCCAGUGGUGACUGGAAGGCUGCAGAAGAACUUUGAAGGGCAUUGGAUGAUCAAGUGUAAUGAUGCUGGCGUGCGAAUGGUGGAAGCCAGAGUGAAAGGGACUGUGGAAGAGUGGUUGCAGCGUGUGGACAGGGAGAAGGAGCUUAAGCUUGUUCAUUGGGAGGACAUGUAUGAUAAGCCAUAUUUUUGGUCUACCUUUUACGUUCAGCUAACUGAAUUUGAAGAAGGUGGACUAGCUGUUGGGCUGAGCUGCUCCCAUCUCCUUGCUGAUCCUGUUUGUGCAACCAUGUUCAUUAAGGCUUGGGCUGACACAAAUUUAGCUGCAAAAAUGCUCAGUCCUCCUCUCUUCCACCCUUUGCCACCGCGAAGACCUGGCAACAAGAACAUCAACCACAAGCCUUACAUCCAGCUGAUAAAUUACUACAAAUCAUCCAUGGAACAGAAACCGGUUCCAGUCCCAGCUUCAAAAUGUACUACCGUAACUUUAGCAUUUGCAGAAAACAUGGUGCAAGCCUGCAUGGCCAUGGCUCGAGCAGGCAAUGCCAAUGAUGGGUCAAUUCCGUCGCCCUUCGAGGCUCUAGCUGGACUCUUUUGGGUUUGUUUAAGCAAAGGAAAAGGAAUGGGAGAAGGGCUCAUAAAUAUGUCGGUCGGUUUAGACAUGAGAAACAUGUUGGGUUUGGACAAAGGGUUCUUUGGAAACUGCAUGAUCUAUAACAAGGUUCAUGGUAGGAAGUGCCCGUUGGAUAAAGAAGGUUUACCAGAAGCUGCCAAGGCCAUAGGAAAAGUGGUAAGCAAGAUGGACACCGAGGGAAUAAUGGAUUUACUUGAGUGGAUGUGGGAGCAUGACAGUAAUGAUCAGUGUGCUCCAUCGAUGAGCAAUCAUGAUCUUGUUUGUACUAACCUAGAGACCAUUGAUCCUUAUUCUGCCAUGUUUGAGGAAGGGGUAGCUCCGCUACGAGUUUCUUACUACAUCGAGCCAAUGUGCAGAGAAGGGCAUGUUUUCAUCCUUCCCUCGCCUGGGGAGGGUCCCUUGAGCAGGGUGGUUAUGGUUACCCUUCCGGAGGACGAGGCUCUCAGGCUCUGUGAAGAUGAUUUUAUCCUUCACUUCUCUCCAACUAUAUUGAUGGGUGUGAGCAGAAACAAUGCUUGAUGUAUCAUUUACAAGCACAUAACAUAGGAGUAUUUCAUUCACCCCCAAAGCACAUUUAUUGCUUUUACUGUUUUAUUUUCAUAUUCAAACGAUAGUUUGUGGGAUCCAAAUCUUUGAUAGCCCCAAAGCAUUUGCAUCUUUGUGAUAUAAAAUUCUGGCAGCAUGGACGCAUUUGUUUAAAGAAAAUGUUGCAGUGUACUUUGUGGA